AUGUCUCAGCUUGGCAACAACAACCCUCUGCCAGGUCCCUGCGUCAGACCCGACUACACACUGCAGAAGUACAGUGACUCGCAAGAUGUAACUGAGAAGCCCAGAGAGGAGACAAAAGAGAAAUCUCUUUCGGGGAGCCCACAUUUCUACAGGAAAGGCACAACACCAACCCAGUCUCCAUCUGCAAGCCCAGGUCCCAGCCCUAGUCCUUCACCUACUGCUGCUAAAAAGGCUUUUUACAGCAGUAAAACUCUUGCCUCUGAUGCAGCAGCGGAGGCUUUGACAGCAGGCAUAACAAAAGCAGCGUCAAAACUUUCUCUGAGACAGCAAGUAAGGCAACAAGAGGCUUCUCCAGCAGUCAAACAGUCUGCUACCACAACAGUCAGCAGUUACUCAAGCAAUGGACAGAUUCACUCCCAGUUCCAUGGUUACCAUGUUAAAGCAACUCUUAAGAUUCAACCCCCUGAAGAACCAAUUGGUGUAGUGGAUGAUCUUCACCCAUCUGACCUUGUACACUUGCUGCCAUCAUCUGUCAAACAAAUUCAACCACCCGCACCAAAACCCCUGCCAGCCCCUAUCCCUUCACAAGUUCCAGCAAAAGAUGGCACCAAAGCACAAGAGCCUCCCAAGGAAUCGCAAAAAAAGGAAUCAAGCAAAUCAAGGAGCCUUGCAGAAACCAAGAAAGCCAGUAUGGAAAUGGAUCCUGAAAUUGUAGAAGAUAAAUCGGGCCCUAACUCUAUCUUGGUGGUUCUUGUGAUGCUGUUGAAUGUAGGUCUAGCAAUCAUUUUUGUCCAUUUCCUCACCUGACCAAAUCUGGGCUCGGUGGAUCCAUCCAGACUAGUCAGAGGGGCCUUUUUAAAAAACGACAGCAGACAGAACAGCAGACACAGACAAAACGGAGGCCUGAAAAUAGCCGGGUGGAGGAGAGGAUAAAAACACAUGGAGGAAUGAGGGGGGUGGCAAGGGAGAAAGAUGAAACCAUCACCACCCCUGGACUGUGUGAAAGUCUUUGGUGCCCAAGUCCAGCCUGAUUGGACUGUUGAUGACGUGUGACUUCAGAGUGCAGUGAAAGCUGAAGCUGGGAGUAGCUAGUUGGAAACCAGGCCUUUACCCUCAGCGAGAUGAGCCAAUGGGAGCAGAGUGGAUUUGAGUGUCGGGCCUAGCAUCUAGACUGCCCAUAAAAACCUGGAGUAUGUGCCUGUUUAGCAGUCAGUCCGACUGCUGAGUAAAUUUUCACGUUUUGAAAUGCUGCAAUAAAAAGUUUGUGCCUUAUCCAGCUGA